ACAUCGACAUCCGGGAGUCUGAUUGCCUGUGGCUGUUUUGUUUUCUUGCAGAACUGGAGUAAACCGAGGCUACCAAACGCGCCGCGACUCCCAACUCCGGACUUGGACUGACCUGAAAAGAUGUCUGGAUUUCUAGAAGGCUCGAGGUGCUCUGAGUGCAUGGACUGGGGGGAGAAGCGGAACACGAUCGCCUCCAUCGCUGCUGGCGUUCUAUUUUUCACGGGAUGGUGGAUCAUCAUAGACGCGGCUGUCAUGUACCCCAGGAUGGAUCAAUUCAACCAUUCAUACCAUACCUGUGGCGUCAUAGCAACCAUAGCCUUCCUCAUCAUUCAAAUCACCCGAGAGAUUUGCUAGAACUAGGCUCUGGAUCUCCACGCUGGACAUUCAGCUCCGUAGGUUUAAGGAUUAACGCAGUAUCGAACGGGCAAGUGCGAGGCGACAGCUACAGCGAAGGCUGUCUGGGCCAGACAGGAGCUCGCAUCUGGCUCUUCAUCGGCUUCAUGUUGGCUUUCGGAUCCCUGAUUGCCUCCAUGUGGAUUCUCUUUGGAGGUUAUGUCGCUAAGGAAAAGGACGUAGUGUAUCCUGGGAUUGCUGUAUUUUUCCAGAAUGCCUUCAUCUUUUUUGGAGGGCUGGUUUUCAAGUUUGGCCGUACGGAGGACUUGUGGCAGUGAAGACGUCGCUUCUGCAACACAGCCGCCGUGCAUGGGCUUCUUUUUGCACCCUGCUCACCCACCCAGUCUUUUGUAAUACUGUUUUCUAAACUUAUUUCUGAGUAUAAUCUCAGCUUGAAAUUGUAUAAUGCUAGAAUCAUGAGAGCUCCUAUGUGUACUGCAGCAGCCCAGUGUGGCGUGAGCCCCAUCAGCUUUUACCACAGGAAAGGAAACCGCUGACGUGAGUCGCUUCUGCCAGCUUCUAUCAUGGUCUAAAGAGUUGGUGAUGCAGGCCAGGCGUGGUGGCACAUACCUUUAAUCCCAGCACUCGGGAGGCGGAGGCAGGCGGAUUUCUGAGUUCGAGGCCAGCCUGGUCUACAAAGUGAGUUCCAGGACAGCCAGGGCUGCAGAGAAACCCUGUCUCGAAAAACCAAAAAAAAAAAAACAAAAAAACAAAAGAGUUGUUGAUGGAGAAAUGGUGGAGUCUUUGGGGUGAGGAUUCGCUCUGGGGUCCAAAGUGUUUAUUAACGCGGCCUCUUCUAUGUCCGGUGUUGAAUAAUGUGUAAACAUUUUCUUGUUAUUAAAAACUAUUUAGUGGUCAGA